CCUCGCCGUCCGAUUGUCAGUUGGCAUUUCCCCGUGCAGCCUAACAGACGCGCCGCCCGUCGCGACACCCAAGUGCAGUCCAGUCAGUCCAGACACCUCUCUCUCUCGUCCCCCAGUGUCCGUUCGGCAGUUUCAUGAGCGGAGAAGACAUGGCCAACAACAGGGCAACCAAGUCUGGAUUUGCCGCCGAGGCGCAGAGGAAGAUCAACAGCAAGUACAGUGAAGAGCUGGCUCAAGAAUGCCUCGAGUGGAUCAAGAUCAUCACCGGGGAGAACUUCAACACAUCUGGCGACAUGGACAACUUCUAUGAGAUCCUGAAGAACGGCACUCUGCUCUGCAGGAUGGUGAACUGCAUCCAGCCUGGUUCAAUCAAGAAGAUCAAUGAAAGUCAAAUGGCAUUCAAGUGUAUGGAGAACAUUGAUGCAUUCCUGAAGAUGGCUAUUCAGAUGGGAGUUCCUCCUCAAGAAACUUUCCAGACUGUAGACUUAUGGGAAAGGCAAAACCUCAAUUCUGUGGUCAUCUGUUUGCAGUCCCUUGGACGGAAGGCGCACAACUUUGGCAAACCAAGCAUCGGACCUAAGGAAGCUGAGAAAAAUGUUCGUCAGUUUACCGAGGAGCAGCUGCGCGCGGGUCAAGGAGUCAUUAGCCUUCAGUACGGAAGCAACAAAGGGGCUAACCAGAGUGGAAUCAACUUUGGCAACACCAGGCACAUGUAAAAUGAUAGAUCCAGUCAUUCUGUUGAGAAACACCUUCAUUAGAUUAGUUCCAGAUAUUGCUACUCAGACCUUAGAUAAAAGAGAAUUGCCAGUUCGAAGUAAAAAGUUAAAUAUGGCUAUCGUGAUAACUUAAAAAAAGAUUGGACUGUGAAAAAGAAAAUUUUGGUGAUGAGUACGAUGGCUGUUGUUUCUAUUUUAUGACUUAUUUUGCUGUCUGUUUACUCAGCUUUAAAAUUUAACUUGCAAAAUUAGAAAUACUAUCUCUUUUAGUAUGAUAAAACUUGGAAAUGCUGUUUGGUUUGUGGCACAAACUUCAUCAGGCUGUGACUAAAAGUGUGGUCUUUCCUACUAAUAUUUUUGUAGAAAAUGUUUCUUUUGCCACUUACAAUCCUAUUUUCAUAGAAGCUUCAAAUGAAAUUCCAUUGAUGCUUGUCAGAUGACUUUUGGUGAAUAUACUAGAAUGUCUUCAUCUCCUUAAUCAUUAUUGAUGAUAAUGAAGUGUUUCUCUACUUGUUUUGUAAAUGCCUAAAAUUUGUAUGUUCUGCCCGUAUUAUGGUUAUUUAUUUUUAAUCCUAUCAGUUCAUAACUUUUGUAGCCCCUAAUUUUACUUUCUGUAUUGCUUUGGGUAAAUGAUGAGAACGCACAAGGAUUGGCAGAUGGCCAUGUCAAUACAAAUAUGUGCCAAUUAUUCUAGGAUUUAUCUUCUUUUGAAAUUUUUGUUUUCCUGUAUUUGUAUGUAUAUUAUUUUGUACUGCCUGUUGGCUUUUAUUUUUCUGUUUUGCCCAUGUGACUACUGGAUAGCUGCAUGCUUUCUGUUAACCUUUAUUAUUUCUUUAUUAUUUCAUGAUCCCAUGACCUUCAUUUUCUUCCUUUAUUGUAUGAAGCUGAUUGGUGCUAGAAAGGUUAAUCUACUUCAAUGUGGAAAAAAAAAGUUUUUAAGGUAUAGACCAGACCAAGACUGGAAACUGAUAGAAUCAAAGUGACAAAGUAUUCUCUAUAGUUGAUGUCUUAUUUUUAGUAGAACUGCUACCGAUAAAAUACAUUCCUAUGUCUUCAGAGUUCCACGAUGAAUAAAAAAGGGAAAUAUAAGAUAUUCAUGUA